GAGCCGGCAGCGCCGAGCCCCCUGCCCGCAAGGAGCGGAGCGGGACACGGAGACUCACCGGCCGGCAAAGUUGGCGGGGACCCUCCUCGCGGCGCCCGCUGAAGGAUGGCCGCGGCCGGCUUUCGCUUCCCCCGUGGGGCUCAGGCUGGGCGGAGCGGGCGCCGAACAGCCCCCAGCACCUCGGAAAGAUGUUUUUGUCACGAAGAACCCACUUCUGACAAUGGGACUGAUCACAAUUACUAGAAAUUGUUUUGCUCUGAAGAACUGGCAGCUUAUUAAGAUGUCUCCUACCUUUGGUCUAAAAGUAAUCAUCUGAAAUAGUCCAAUUUUUAAAUAAUGAUGGUGCCCUUGAAGCUAUCAGUCUCUUCUGUUAUGCAGCCUACGAGUUCCAUAGACAAAUGAUUACAGAAUAAGCAGUGCAAUAAGCUUUUCUACAUUGAGACACUAUUUUCUAUUAUUGUUAACAGUCAAGAAGCAGUUUGCCAACCGACUGAAGACCACAAGAAUCUAGUGCUGAUUUGUAAUGUAAUGGAGGGAUACUUCUGUAAAGUAGCUAGAAGAUCUGGGAGUAGAACAUUUACUAUUUCUGUACUCUCCAGCCUACUAUAAUGUCAAAAAUGAGUACCAACUGGACAGCCAACCUGAGCUUUGGAGCAUCUACAGAUCCUCAUGAGCCAAGAACUGGACUCUCUAGAACAGGGCACACCAUAGUGGCUGUUUUCCUUGGAUUUAUCUUGGUAUUUGGCUUCUUGAAUAACUUUAUUGUUCUCAUACUCUUCUGCAAGUUUAAAACCCUGCGCAACCCUGUGAACAUGCUACUGCUGAACAUCAGUGCCAGUGACAUGUUAGUGUGCAUCUCUGGCACCACACUCAGUUUUGCAUCCAACAUCCACGGCAGAUGGAUUGGAGGAGAGUAUGGUUGCAUGUGGUAUGGCUUUGUCAAUUCCUGCUUUGGUAUUGUGUCCCUGAUCUCCUUGGCUAUCCUGUCUUACGAACGCUAUAGCACCAUCACCCUAUGUAACAAACGAGGCUCUGACUAUCAGAAGGCUCUGCUAGCAGUUGGUGGUUCCUGGCUUUAUUCUCUGAUCUGGACAGUACCACCGCUCAUUGGCUGGAGCAGUUAUGGGAUUGAGGGGGCCGGCACAAGCUGUUCAGUACGUUGGACCUCCAAAACAGCUGAGUCUGUGUCCUAUAUCAUCUGUCUCUUCAUAUUCUGCUUGGUCAUCCCUGUAAUGGUCAUGAUAUACUGCUAUGGGCGUCUCCUUUAUGCUGUUAAACAGGUUGGAAAAAUCCGGAAGAAUGCUGCCCGUAAAAGGGAAUACCAUGUUCUCUUCAUGGUGAUUACUACAAUAAUCUGUUAUCUAAUAUGCUGGAUGCCUUAUGGAGUUAUAGCAUUGCUUGCAACAUUUGGUAGUCCAGGUGCAGUUUCUCCAGUAGCAUAUGUCAUACCUUCCAUCCUGGCAAAGAGCAGUACCGUAUUCAAUCCAAUUAUCUACAUACUUAUGAACAAGCAGUUUUACAAAUGCUUUCUUCUACUUUUCCACUGCUACCCUCCUUCGGCUGCUGAUGGAGAAUCCAUAUGUCAGUCUAAGGUAACCGUAAUCCAGCUGAAUCAGAAAGUGGACAGUGGAGUCACAUGUAAUAAUCAAAUACUUCCUGAAAUGGAUGAAAGAGUGCCCAGUCUGCUGAGCCCAGAGUCAAGCUUGGAGCCAGCUUCAGAAGACACACCACAGAUGUUAAAGGAGAAUUCUCUCUGAUGACUAGGCACCCACCGUAACUAGUGUACGUUGUUGUAUUGCCACACUACCCAGUUUACUUUAACAUUCCUAAAGGAAAUUGGUAUUUGUGGAAUAGGAAAAAAAAAUAUGACAAGAACAAAAAUAGGCUUCUGUUACUAUUUCUUAAUAGCACCUAAGACUGAAAGUCACUGAAGGAAUGGUUUGAUAUGGCAGUUUUAAAACAAUACAGGUGACCUUCCAGAUAUAAGUUAAUUAUUUAAUAGAGAACUGAAAAGCAGUGAAGGUUUAAAUCUUUAUAAACUGAUGAGCAAUGUCUCCAAGAGUCAAUCUAUAUUAAGGACAUAUGUGUCAUCUAGUUUAUCCCUUUGCCAGUAGAUUUUUCCCUACUAGUAUUUUGGUCUCCUAUACUUAUAAAAGUGAGUGAAGAUUCCACCCCUUCCCUUAGGACGAAGCCUAAAAAACUCCAAGAUUUUCCUGAUAGUCACCCUAUUUUCCCUUUCUUAAUUUUAUUCAACUACUCCUAGUUAAACCUCUUUAGCCUAUAACAUUAAUCUCCAUCCUUAGCAUUUACAACAAUCCCACAUUUGCAUGUGGCUAUUUAUUGGUAUUCUGCACCCUGCCUGGCUAAUACCUAUUUAUUUCCAGGUGCAGUUCAAACUUUUUAAGUGGUUGAUGACCCAGGUAUCAGACAAUGUCUUUCUUUCAAUGCUUAUUGCAACUAUUAGUCUGGUAGGGCAUGCUGUCUGUCUGUUCCUGGGGGAACAGCAGCCAGACAUUUACUGCAGGGCCUAAAGUAGAUGGGGGGGAGGGAAGAGGGAAAGUGCUCCCUGCACCAGCCAAGGAACAAGGGAGGUGUGGGAAGUGCUGAUGGUUAAAAGCCGCCUCCUCCCCCACCCAUGGCUUGGAUGAAGGAGUGGGAGGCACACUUUGCCCUUCUUCCACUUUUCCUACUGUUUAUGUUCCAGAUACCUUUCCCCUCAUCUACCAGAGGCCUAAAUAUUGUAAGAUUUACAUGAGCAGUGAUGAAAUAUUUUACUGAAUUCACAUCUACUAAUUUAAUUCUGUCCCAAACUGGAAUCAGUGUAUCAAGUUUGCAUUGAUUUAUUUAUGUAAACUUAUGCUACUUACUGCUCACAUAGUUAUUGCCAUUACCCUUUAUCGGCCAAAUUUGCAAAAUGUGAUCUGUAUAUAAACACUAUCACUUGUGCAAGCAAAUAAUCAAAUUUACACAUGCAAACACAAUUUCUUGCAUACAUCAAGCGCAUGUCUGUUCUGCAUGUGAUAAAUAUCUCAUUUGUGCACACAAAUGGUAGGGCAUGAAAAAUCAGUUGUGUAAAUGACUGCUUGCAAAAUUGCAUGCACUCAAAUACGGGGUGGGUCAAGAUACCUUUUGGAAGCCUGAGUUGAUAUUUAAAGCAUUUCCUCAAUGCUUAUUCCACUAUUAAGACAUUUUAGAAAGAAUUCCACCACUUUUCUAGUGUCCUUCUGGCUCCAAUAGCAGUUGAUUUAAAGACUAGAAGAGAACAAUACUGUGAUUCAUUCUGGUGAACAUACAUGCAAGUAAAGACAAAGCUUAACAGAAGGGACAAAUAUUAGUUGUUUUUAAAAUUUAAACAGAGUCUUUAAAAACGUGUUGCAAAGAACAAUAAAAACUACAAUAAAGUAAUCAGUGAUCUUCUUUUAAUUGGGUAGUGUCUGGUACAGAGUACUUUACGGUUCAAUGCAUCU